UGUGGCUAUGUAUAAACAUUUCUAGUUCAUGCAAACAGGGCAGCAGUCAAGAGGAACUUCUCAGCAUUCACACAUAGGAGCAUGGAAUAUUGAAGGCCCAAUAUAAAGUCACAUUCUACACUUUCACUCUUCACAUAACACACUUCUUGCUCUUUCUCUCUCUUUCUCUCUCUCGGACACACACACACUCUCAUGUAAUAUAAAUUUCUGAGUACAACUCCACGAGACCACAGAAAAUUUCAAGUCUCUUACCCUUCUUUCUUCCCCUCAUUUCUCACUCACGGGAAAUUAAAAAAAAAAGGGGAAAAUCGAACAAAAAGAGAAAAAAGGAGUGAGAAUAACAUGAACGAACAACUCACGCUGCUCUGUCUCUUUAUCCUCUUCUCCUCUCUCAGUGUUAGCUUCGCCGGGGUCACCGACGGAGAGAAAAACCCGUUCACGCCCAAAGCCUACGCGAUUCGCUAUUGGGACAAAGAGAUCCGCAGCACGCUUCCCAAGCCUCCGUUUCUUUUGUCCAAGGCGUCGCCGCUGAGUGCGGCGGAGUCGGCGGCGUUCGUGAAACUCGCGGCUCAGAACGCUCUUGACCAGCGGCUGCCGGAAUUCUGCGCCUCCGCGAAGCUUCUCUGCUUUCCGGAGGUGGGGUCGAGCUUUGAGAAGCACGACAAGGACGCGAACUUCGCUGUGUACAGAGACAAGAACUUUACCAACUACGGAACGGGUCGACCCGGUGGAGUGGAUUCGUUCAAGAACUACUCCGAAGGGGAGAAUAUUCCGGUGAAUGAUUUCCGGCGCUACAGCAGGGACUCCGCCGGGCACAAGGACAGUUUUUUGAGCUACAGCACAGAGGGGAACGUGGUGCAGCAGAGCUUUCACACUUACGCCGCUGGAGCCACAGGUGGAGCCGGCGAUUUCAAGCACUACUCUGAGGAGACCAACGUCCCGAACCUCGUUUUCACCUCCUACUCCGACGACGCCAACGGGAGAACCCAGUCGUUCACUUCUUACUCCGAAAACGGCAAUGCCGGAGAACAAUCGUUCUCCUCGUACGGUAAAAACGGCAACGGCCCGACCAACGCGUUCACCUCUUACGGGACAGGUUCCAACGUUGUGGGUUCCGGGUUCUCUAACUAUGCCGAAAACACAAAUGCUCCCAACGACACCUUCAAGGGCUACGGCGUCGACAUGAACAACCCCACCAACACGUUCUCCAACUAUGCCGCCGGCGGCAACGGGGCCGUCGAGAAGUUCUCCAAUUACCGCGACAAGGCGAACGUGGGCGCCGACACCUUCACCUCGUACGCGAAAUCCGCAAACGCUGCCGACGUCGGUUUCAGCAACUACGGGAAAUCCUUCAACGAAGGCACCGACAAGUUCACCUCGUACGCGAAAUCCUCGAACGGCGGCACGAAGGUGGGUUUCACUUCCUACGGCGUGAACAACACCUUCAAGGAGUACUCAAAAGAAACCGCCACUUUCUCGUUCGCGAAGUACACAAACGUGAGCACCACGCUGAGCGUUUCGGCUUCCGAGGUGAGUGGUAGGAUGGUAAAUAAGUGGGUGGAGCCGGGUAAAUUCUUCAGGGAGGAGAUGAUGAAGGAAGGAACGGUGAUGCCGAUGCCUGACAUAAGAGAUAAAAUGCCGGAAAGGUCGUUUUUGCCCCGGAGCAUUUUGUCCAAAUUACCGUUUUCCAUUUCCAAGAUGGACGAAUUGAAGCGCAUGUUCCGAGCCUCCGAUAACGGUUCCAUGGAGAGGAUGAUGCGCGAGAGCUUGGAGGAAUGCGAGCGUGCGCCAAGUCGCGGCGAGACCAAACGGUGCGUUGGGUCUUUGGAGGACAUGAUCGACUUCGCCACGUCCGUUUUAGGGAGAAACGUCGUCGUUCGGAGUACGGAAAACGUGAAUGGCUCGAAGAAGAGUGUGAUGGUGGGACCCAUUAAGGGAAUCAACGGUGGUAAAGUCACCCAAUCCGUGUCCUGCCACCAGAGCCUGUUCCCGUACCUGCUCUAUUACUGCCACGCUGUUCCUAAGGUUCGGCUCUACCAAGUGGAUCUUCUCGACCCGAAAUCCAAGAGCAAGAUGAACCACGGAAUUGCCAUCUGUCACUUGGACACCUCCGAUUGGAGCCCCAGCCACGGAGCCUUUGUCUCGCUCGGGUCUGGUCCGGGUCGAAUCGAGGUUUGCCACUGGAUCUUCCAGAACGACAUGGCCUGGACCAUUGCCGAUUGAGAAAAUCUUCUGAAUAAGAAUCACCUCUAUAGGAAAUGAAAGCUAAAGUGUCAAAAGCGCUAAGAAAACUUAGCCCUUGAAUUAUUUGUUUUUAGUUUGAAAAUUAAGUUAUGUAAUUUUAAUUUUUUUUUUGAAUUGAUAGAAAAGUUGAAGUUAUGAGAAGAAGGUAUAUUAAUUUAUAUGAAGACGAUGAUUAUUA